AUGCUCGUCAUUGAUGGGGAGGAUCGGCCGGUGCGCAUGCUGUAUGACGGGCUCUCAUCGUCUGAGGAGGAGCAUCACGUGUCACAGCUCAUGUGCAACGACGAGUUCCACAGGUCUUCUUACCAACGUCAGGUGCAGCGGUGGCAGCAGGAGGAGACGGCGUACUUGAAGCACGAAGGCUGGUGUGAGCACCGCCUUAUCCUUCUCAUGCAAGAGGCCUUCCGAUGCAGCAGACAAAACCUGAAGCGUGCGUUCAGCACUGGUGCCGUGUCGUUAGAGGUGUACGCCGCUCGGCUGGCGGGACUCAAAAACUCGCUGCUGCAGAUCAAGAAGGAGUACCGCCGAACGCUGCAGCGCACGCGGGAUCGCAAGGGAGACUUGUCCAGCAUUGCGAGCAAAGCUGUCACGUGCAUCGCCUCCGUUUACCCAUGGAGCAGCAGCGGCUUUGUAAUGGGGUUUGAGGAGAACGUCAGGUUUGGUCAGCUGGCAGAUGUGAUGGGCAGCGGGGGCCGACGUGGCGCUUCACUGGCGCCCCCGACGUCGCAGCAGUCCGCCAACGGCGGCCUGGCUCCUUGCCGUGACAUGGCUCCGAUGUCGAAGGUGGCGAACCCUGGCAUGUCUCUCGAGCACCUCAACGCCGCUGCGCCGCCCGGGAACGAUAUGGCGUCGUGCUACCAGGGACGGCGUAUUGUCACGCCCCGCGUUCCUCUCUGCCCUCUACCACCUCGGCGUCAACUCUUCCGGAAAGGGACGGCUCCAGACGGGUCUCUGCUUCUGUCGGCAGCGCACACCGGCGCAUCGGCGGACGGCGUCGCAUCUACGAUGGGACCUCUACCUGUGGAGAACUUGAGCCGCAGCUUCUUUGCUGUCUCCCCGAACUGCCUGUCGCCCAACUCGCCGGUACUGGUGCCACCAGUGUCGAUCGCUGGCCCCUUCCGAAACGAUGAGAGACGAUUUCUAGAGAAGCGCCAGCUUGUUGUGCAGGGGAUGUCCUUCGUCUCACACUCGUUGGCGUCGAGCAUUUUCAUUUCGAGCCGGCGUGCCACCAUUGCGUCAGCUACGAUGCAAAAGCGACUGGAUCUCGCCAAGGGCCAGGUGCCGCCUCCGACGUCGUACCCCGCCUCCUGCGCCACGGUGGUGGACAUGCAGAUUUAUCUGCUCCCACCCACCUCUUUCGCGUCAAGCAACUCUUUCCCAAAGGCAAACCGAGUGAAGCACGGCAGUGGAGCUGUGGGCGGCAGCACGAUCGGUCUGAGCCGUCGCACUAGCCAAGUAAUGCCGUGCUCGUCGCCGUUCCUCGCUCCUGGCAAGGGCUCCUUCCACGUAGACCCCUCCCCGAAUGCGUCUGUGGCACGUAGUCCGCCCGCGUACGAGCAGGCAGUCGCCGUAUCGAACAAAUACACGCCCAGGCACCUUGUGCGCCUCCCUUCGUGUUAUCAUAGCUGGCUUCCAGGCGAUAGAAUGUGCUGCGACCGCAUGAGUGUCCACUCACUCUUCUCUCAGAUGCUGCCGGUGUCCCUGGAAGAGGAGAGGCACGUCAAGGAGUUAUGGUGA